CCUCCCCCUCCUCCUCCCCCUCCUCCUCCUCCUCCUCCCCCUCCUCCUCCCCCUCCUCCCCCUCCCCCUCCUCCUCCUCCCCCUCCUCCUCCCCCUCCUCCCCCUCCCUUUUUCUCCACCUCUUUUACCACUUCCUCCUCCCCCUCCUCCACCCCUCCUCCUCCACCCACCCCUCCUCCUCCCCCUCCUCCACCCCCCCCUCCUCCUCCCCCUCCUCCUCCCCCUCCUCCUCCCCUCCUCCUCCCCCAACUCCUUCCCCCCUCCACCCCUCCUCCCCCCCCUCCUCCUCCCCCUCCUCCCCCUCCCCCUCCUCCUCCUCCCCCUCCUCCUCCCCCUCCUCCCCCCCCUCCACCCCCUCCCCCCCCUCCUCCUCCCCAUCCUCCACCCCUCCUCCUCCCCAUCCUCCACCCCUCCUCCUCCCCUCCUCCUCCCCCUCCUCCUCCCCCUCCUCCUCCCCUCCUCCUCCCCCAACUCCUUCCCCCCUCCACCCCUCCUCCUCCCCCUCCUCCUCCCCCUCCUCCCCCUCCCCCUCCUCCUCCUCCCCCUCCUCCUCCCCCUCCUCCCCCCUCCCUUUUUCUCCACCUCUUUUACCACUUCCUCCUCCCCCUCCUCCACCCCUCCUCCUCCCCCCCCCCCCCCCCCCACCACCCCCCACCCCCCCCCCUCCCCACCCCCCCACCCCACACCACCCACCCCCCCCCCCCCCCCCCACCCCCCCCCCACCCCCCCCCCCCACCCCCCCCCACCCCCCCCCCACCCCCCCCCCCCCACCCCUCCCCCCCCCCCUCCUCCACCCCUCCUCCUCCCCCUCCUCCCCCCCCCCCCCUCCCCCCCACCCCUCCCCCCCCCCCCCCCCCCCCCCCCCCCCCCCCCCCCCCCCCCCCCCCUCCACCCCCCCCUCCCCCCUCCUCCCCCCCUCCCCCCCCCCCCCUCCCCCCUCCCCCCCCCCCUCCCCCCCUCCCCCCCCCCCUCCACCCCUCCCCCCCCCCCUCCACCCCUCCUCCUCCCCCCCCCCCCCCCCCCCUCCCCCCCCUCCCCCCGCCCCCCCUCCCCCCCCCUCCUCCCCCUCCUCCCCCCCUCCCCCCCCCCCCCCUCCACCCCCCCCCCCCUCCCCCCCCCCCCCCCCCCUCCCCCCCCCUUUCCCCCCCCCCCCCCCCCCCUCCCCCCCCCCCCUCCUCCCCCCCCCCCCCCCCCCUCCCUCCCCCCCCCCCCCCCACCCCCCCCUCCCCCCCCUCCCCCCCCCCCCCUCCCCCCCCUCCCCCUCCCCCACCCACCCCCCCCCCCCCCCCCCCCCCCCCCCCCCCCCCCCCCCCCCCCCCCCCCCCCCCCCCCCCCCCCCCCCCCCCCCCCCCCCCCCCCACCCCCCCCCCCCCCUCCUCCUCCCCCCCCCCCCCCCCCCCCCCCUCCCCCCCCCCCCCUCCCACCCCCCCCCCUCCCCCUCCCCCCCCCCCCCCCCCCCCUCCACCCCCCCCCCCUCCUCCUCCCCCUCCUCCACCCUCCCCCCCCCCUCCCCCCCCCCCUCCACCCCUCCCCCCCCCCCUCCCCCCUCCUCCUCCCCCCCCUCCCCCCCUCCCUCCUUCUCCCCCUCCUCCACCCACCCCUCCUCCUCCCCCUCCUCCUCCACCCCCCCCUCCUCCUCCCCCUCCUCCACCCACCCCUCCUCCUCCUCCCCCUCCUCCUCCUCCUCCUUCCACUCCUCCUCCAGAGAAAGGGCUCUGUGCCCCAGGAUCCCCAUCCACAAAUAAGUGGAUACCCUUGGCAGCCUCCGACCAUAAAGAAGAUGAAGAAGUGAAGGAUGAUGAUAGCUUCAAGCUCUAUCUAACCGGAUCAGUGCAGAUGCAGGACGGGCCUGUGAGUACCCUGGGGCUUGGGCUGUGGUGCAGGAGCCCUGAAGGUGGGUAA